CGGUGACGGUCACACUGAGACAGAGACGGAAAAAACAACAAUACAAAACAGGCGAGGGAAUGAAAAAUAAAAGGAGGCGGACAACCGAUAAAACCAAAAAGCAAGGAGGGAUUAAGGAGUCAAGAUCAAUUAAACCCCGCCGGACAUCACACGGAGAAAUUUGUCAUAGAAAUUGGUUUUUUUUGUAAACAAAACACAAACUCGCACACACCACACACGUUUCUUUUGCCGCACAACGUUGUUACACAAUUGUAGAGUGUCAAUUGUUCCGGAAUCAGUGUAAAUCGCGAUGAGUAUUUGGGGUGUCCGAUGUCUGACGCAGAAGUUCAUCCGGCAGGCUUAUAUCCUGGCCAACAGGAGGAUUCUAAGUCCAGUGCCGCAGCGAUCCCCACCGGCAUACGCCAUUCGCCGACCAGCGCACAGCAGCCUCUAUCAAAUGGUAAAGAAACGCACCCUCGAGGCGCGCACUAAAUUGCAAGCCAACAAAUAUCCGAAUCAUCAAGCCUGCGUCGUCAAGACCUCGAACAUGCCCCCCAGUGAAGAGUGCGAGGCGGUUGUGGAGGCCACCGGCGUUUCUGGAUUUGCCAAUGCCCAGUUUCAAGCCCCCUCUCAGUCAGAGCCACUCUUCAAAGUGGGCUUUGCUGAGAGUAAGACAGUCCUCAGCGCCAAGGAUGUGCUUAAGUCAGACAGUGCGAAACUCAGCACCAGCCAGCCAGUCUUAGAUUCCUGCAAGCCCACGAAUGCCUGUGAGGAGUUUCAACGCAAACGUAAGGAGACCAAAUGCCAACCCUGCAAUGAAGAUGGAACGGCUCCAGGCAGCGGUAGUGGUGGCGACGAGGAGUGCGAGUGCCGAAUGAAGGACCUUCGGCUCAAGUGCCUGCUUGGUGCCUUGGCUGCCUUGCUUGCCGGAGGAUUGAUCGCUUGGUUCAUGACGCGAGAAACGGAUGAUAGUGAAGCCAAGAAAGCCCAAGAGGAGGAGGAAGAACGGAAACGUAGAUUGAUAGCUGGACUAGCUACGAGUCCGCCCAGUUCUGAGGACCUUCCCAAGCAUGUACCGUACCUUAUUGUUGGUGGUGGAACCGCCGCCUUCUCUGCGUUCCGAGCUAUCAAGUCCAACGAUGCGACCGCCAAGGUUUUGAUGAUCAGCAAUGAAUUCCGCAAGCCCUAUAUGCGCCCGCCGCUGUCCAAGGAACUGUGGUACACACCCAAUCCCAACGAGGAUCCCAUCAAGGAUUACCGGUUUAAGCAAUGGACGGGAUCCGAGAGGAGCUUGUUCUUCGAACCGGACGAGUUUUUCGUGGACCCCGAGGAUCUGGAUGACAGUGCGAACGGCGGAAUAUCCGUUGCCCAGGGAUUCGCUGUGAAGAAGGUGGACGCGCAAAAACGCAUUGUGACACUGAACGACGGCUACGAAAUUGGCUACAACGAAUGCCUGAUUGCCACGGGCUGUUCACCCAAAAAUCUGACAAUGCUCCGCGAUGCUCCGCCAAGCGUGCUCGAGAAAGUAAUGGUCUAUCGCACACCCGAUGACUUUGACCGCCUUCGAAGAUUGGCCGCUGAGAAGCGUUCUAUUACUAUUGUCGGCAAUGGCUUUAUCGGAAGUGAGUUGGCCUGCUCUUUGGCCCACUAUUCGAGGGAGAACAAUGGCGGCAAGGUGUACCAAGUGUUCCAGGAGAACGCCAACAUGUCGAAGGUCCUGCCAAACUAUCUGAGUCGUUGGACGACGGCCAAGAUGGAAGCCCAGGGCGUCUGCGUCAUCCCCAAUGCCAGCAUCCGAUCGGCGGUCAGGGAUGAAACCAAUCUGAAGCUGGAGUUGAACAAUGGCAUGACCCUGAUGUCCGACGUGGUAGUAGUCUGCGUUGGCUGCACACCGAACACAGAGCUUGCGGGCCCCAGCAGACUGGAGGUGGACAGGAGCCUCGGCGGUUUCGUGGUCAAUGCAGAACUUGAGGCCAGAAGGAAUUUAUAUGUGGCCGGCGACGCCUCCUGCUUCUUCGAUCCUCUGCUGGGCAGGCGGCGCGUUGAGCACCAUGAUCACUCGGUGGUCUCCGGCCGACUGGCUGGCGAGAACAUGACGGGAGCAAAGAAACCCUACCAGCAUCAAAGUAUGUUUUGGUCCGAUCUGGGUCCUGAGAUUGGGUACGAGGGCAUAGGGUUGGUGGACUCCUCGCUGCCGACCGUUGGAGUAUUCGCUCUGCCCUCGGAUGCCGCCAAUCGCGUAGACCAACUGCCCGAGUCCACUGAAGAUGAAAGCUCUCCGAGCACGAGUUCCAGCGAGUCGAGGAAAAGCGAUGCCGUCGAUAGCCCAGAUGGCGUUACCUGUGAUCCCGAUGAGGUGGCCAACUAUGGAAAGGGUGUGAUAUUCUAUCUGAAGAACGACAAAAUUGUCGGCAUCCUGCUGUGGAACCUCUUCAAUCGGAUAGGCUUAGCUAGGACAAUAAUCAAUCAGAAUAAGAAGUACGAUGACCUCAAUGAGGUGGCCAAACUGUUCGAGAUUCACGCGUAGAGAACCCAGUGUCCCGAGGGACCAAGGAAAAGAUAUAAUCAUUAUCCUGGAAAGCUAAUCAGCCCGCACCGAACACAAACGAUCAGAACCGAAUGCCUUUAACUGUGUUUACUGUGUACACAUGCAACUGCAACUAGAUACGAACGGCUAUGACGCAAUGCAACAGAAAUUUUAGUUUUAUUAUUUUUGGAAUAAACCUUUUUUUGUAGUCGACGACAUUGAUACGGUUAUGUAGCAGCAAUAUGCGUAUGCAUGUAAAUAUGUAAAAGUCGUGGAUAAGCGGAUAUCUGUUGAAUUGUGUGUAAUUUUCCUAAUAAAAGAUCUACCAAAAAAUUUGUUGACAAAAAUUUCCCGUAAGACACAACAUGUUUACAUUUGCAUUUUUACUGUUAAAACUCGCUAGAUCAUGAGGCAUUCAUUAUUUAAUUAGACUUAAGCGUUUUUGUCUUCAUUUAUAUUAAAAUAAACAUGAGGGACUUUGGAA